CGUUCAUUCACGAACCGAUCCCUCCUUAACCGCGAAAAUGGUCGUCUACUACAACAUCGCUGGUCGUCAGAUCGGCUCCCACCACCUUUCUCUUGGUAUCCUGAGCUCGCUUUUCGGCGGUAUCUACCUUGCUACCCGUGGCGGUGGUGCUGCUAAGAAGCCCGCUGCUCCUCCGAUCCAGGCGUCUUCCAAGGAUGAGGAGGUUUUCAUUCAGGACUUCCUGAAACAAAUGAACGGAGAGGGCGACAAGAAGGCCGACCACUAGCGUUCGGCUAGUGCCUGAUUGAGCGGAGCAUGGUCCGGUCUCGAGUCUCGCCGCCAGAACAUGAUGCAUUCCACAAGGAACCUAUGAACGAUUUUAUUGGAACCGAGGCCGGAGCCGUUGGAGGAUGCCUCGUGGCCGCUCGCUUGACUUGACAGAGUCAACGAGCAAUGCGAAUAUGUACAUAUAGAGGUAUACACUGAAAGGUUUAUCUUCCUUUCCUACUCUUGCG